AUGUCCUCCUCUACCUUUAGACAUCGAUCCUCCACCUCGACGUCCACGCCGCCAAUAAACUCGAAGGCUCGGCAGGUCCUCAACGGCCUUCUCGAUAAGCUCCUUCAAAAGCUGGAGAUUCGUUCUGCAGGUGGAUACCCGGAUGCGAAGGACUUGACCGAAUGCCUCCGCCUAAUUGCGCGACACGUCUCUUCUGUCGCGCCCCCGAGUACGGUCCAAGAUGAUUUCAGACAGCUCCACGGCUUCAAUGCUUUAAUUGCCGUUCUCAGGGCCUUUUCAGGCUUUUACGAUCCCAUAAAACGGAGCGAGGGAGAUAUGGUAGCUCUUUUCGAGCUACUGGAAAUUACACUGCGUUGCCUUGACCUCAGCCUGCGAGACCAUCCAGGAAGCCGACGAUACUUUAAAUAUAGAGUCGAAGCGGGCGGCUGGGAUGCUCUCGAGCAGGCGAUCGCUAGCAUCGGACUCGGCGGAAGCGAUGCAAGUCUUUGGACCCUCUGCCGCCUAUUCGGGAAGCUGCUUGCUUUCUCCUUGGGGGAUUCUCGCAUUGAUAAACUCUGCCAAAGCUACGAGCGUACGACCAAAUCCCCGUCCCCUGGCGCGGAGGAUGCUGGCAUUGAGGAUGCAGAAACAAAUAAUGAUGGCAGCGCAGCCUGUAAAAGCUGCGACCGGGAUUUGUCUUCAGUCCCCGGCGAGGUCCGAGAGAUCAUUGGGCCAACUACAAUGCUUCACAAUCCAGGCAUUCUUCGUGCGCUGGUUGGGUUCUGGCUAUCGAUACCGAGAUCAGAGGGCCAACCACCGCAUCCUUGCUCAAUCAUUUUCCUCGAGACAUUGUCGGCAAGCAUCUCAGCUUCGAUAUUCAACCUAACCGCGGUACACUCAACCAAGAUCUUCUCUCAGCUGCUACGAGCUGCGUUUGCCUCGAAUUCUGGCCUGAGUGCGCCCGAAAAACGGGUUCUCUUGAAGCUCUGCAAAAUGCUCAUGUACCUUGGCGUCAACCAGCUUGAAGACACCCAGUUCCUCCUUCGUUCCCAGUCUGCCGAGGCGUCUGACUUUUGCCGAGAGAUGUUAGGGCCUGGCCUCGUCUUCUCGAAAUGGUCGUUGGCAUCCGUCCACCUCUUUGAGGAAAUACUGAGUGACGAUUUCUUGGCCGUCCAUUUUCGACUGGGCCCUAGAUAUCAGGGGAACUUUCAAGACAGUCUUGGAGGAUUCCAGACCUACGAGGCAUCCGCCGCUCUCGGUCUGCGCAAUGAACUCUUCCAUCCCGGCAAAGAUGAAACAUCCGACAUUAUCAAGGCCAUUCGAGAAAAGGCCUCUUCCCUUCUUCCCGAAUCCAAAAUACUACUUAGUAUCCUCCCAACCGGCGCGAUCUAUGAUGACUGUCUUUCGCGAGAAUCUCAAAUGUUCCGCGCGCUUCCCCGCGCAGCUGCAAGUAGCCUAGUCCAUCUAAUGCGGCGGCACGGUGCAACCAUCGUCGUGAAUGCUGCAGCCGUGUCUCUCACAGAUGCGCUAUUAGGGCCCCAGGGCGUAGCUAUCCUCUCGGGUCAGCCUGUGGUUGCAGUGCCCUCCUACUUCGACGACAACCUGUGGCAGUUAUCUGGCUUCACACCCCUAGCCCUGAAACUACUCCAUCGCGCGUCUACCCCGGACGAGACUCUACGUUCCGUUGAGGUGAUCCUCCAGUGUAUCCAAAAUAACUGGCGGAAUAGUGAGGCUAUGGAGCGAGAUGGGGGCUAUUCAGUCAUGGGCAUGCUUCUCAGGGUCAAACUCGGUUACGGAAGCCUUAGCGGCAGUGACAGCAGCGUGACUCGCCUUCAGAUGAGCAAUGAGGAGAAGGAAAAGCUCACUUUCCAGCUCUUGAGCCUUGUACUUGGCUUCGUUGGCUACAAUCAUGAGAACCCUAUUGAAUCGUUCAUCAUCAAUCCCCUAGCCUAUCGCAUUCUUCUGAUCGACUUCGAUACGUGGAGGAAGUCGGCUCCCUUAACCCAGCGGCUUUAUUACCAACAAUUUGUGACAUUUGCUGUCAUGAGUAAAUACCACGAAUUCAAUAGCCGUCGGCUGAUGCGAAUGAGAAUCAUAAAGAGACUGCUUGAUGCAAUGAAGGCAGAAGCCAUUGCCGAAGAUGUCUUGCCAUCUUUCUUGGAGGCCUUUGAACAUUUGAUUAAAUUCCGCAGGCCUACUCCUGAUGUGGCCACUGCAGAUGCCAAUGGUCAGAUAUCGUACUUGACAAAGAAGCAGCUUGGAAAACACAUUCUGGGGAUGUUUUCCAAUCUCCUCUGUGAGAAGGGCAGCACCGUCAAUAUCAAGAGGUUCGCCCGGACAGUCACAAACAAGUGGCUCCUAUACCUCUUGUCUGAAGAUGAUGCUGAAAUUGUUGUCCACGGAUGCAAAAUUCUAGCUCGACUACUUGUCAGUCAUGGGCCUGGAUACACCUCAAAGUUUGCCUCGAAGACUGGAGGGUUCGUCAUUAUGGGAGAUCGACUCAAACGGUGGUGGGAUAUCCCUACGCUCUGGCCCAUCUGCUUCAGCAUUCUCUUCGGCUACGACGUGGCUGAGAUUAAUUUCGAUCGCAAUUUCAAUUUCUUCAACCUCAUAGAAAUCUUUGGAAAAUCAAAGAUUGCCUACCCAGACGUCUUGCCAGUAAUAGGCGGCAUGGUUCAACGCGCCAUCAAGGACGUGGUGCGCCAACAGUCCCAUCCUGAUUCCCCACAAGUUGGUGUCCAACCACUUCCUCUCACCAAAGAGCCUACCAGGAAGCCCACUGGUCCAGAAAGAAGAGCCCGAGCGAGGUCCAUGGACUUGCGAGAAGCAAUGGACGCUAUGACGACCCCGCAAACAGACGCGGAGAGACUCGCAUCCCGGAUAGUCGUUCUCCAGACAGUUAUCCGGUUUUUGACCGAUCUCCAUUCGACCUCCACCAGUUUCAGAGAUUUCGCCCUAUCAUCCGACUAUCUGCGCCUCCUCCUGUCGGGCCUGUACCCGGCAAUCGUUAGCACCGAUGCCGUGACCCCAGAGACUGAGCUCAAUUCCCAAGGCUCUGUCUUGAAUUUUGAAGGAGGAGAUGUGAUCAUACGACCUGCGGGAGGUUCAGCACCAGCUCCUAUCGUGCGUACAACGGGGAUGAGGGAUCACGGGGUGCAGCCAACAGUCACGACCUCCAAGAGAGGAACGCCCCUUAGGAAAGCAUCCUCGUUUGUUUUGUUGACUACAGAGCAGCAACAGCAGUCACAGCCGCCCCCCGCGCAAGGCCCAAGCCCGACUCUCCUCGCCCCUGUGCUAUCACCUCGCAAGAGAAGGUUCCCUUCCUCUCACCAAACCAACAAUGCGAUUCUCGAGGGUGUCUUGGAGCUUGUGAUUAAUGUGCUCCUAGAUCAGGUUCUCCAGCGGAGAGACUUUGCCGGGUUCGGCCUUUACUUGAGGAUACCCCCUGGUUUCCAGGAGCAUCAAGCUUACUUUGAAUCGUAUAUACUGCGCAACACUAUCGCUCAUCUCGCCAGUACGCUCCAGCUACAGCUCAAGAUGGUGUGUGAGCCCCGUAUUCUAACAAACAUGGCACGGUUUACCUCGCAUAUUACCGAUGCUGUAUUCGAGGGUUGGUUCCUUGGCGGCGAAGAUUCUCUGAUGGAAAUCGCGGGAAUGCUGUUGGAGUAUCUUCAACGAGACGAGAUUACCAGACUAAAAAGUGUCCGUCUCUGCAGCCAGGCAGUGACCAUCAUCCGAAGAUGCUUCCUGAAAGUGAUUCUACUUAAACUAUCCGCCAUUGAUGAUCCUCAAACGACCGAUGAUGAGGCGGACGAACACAUGCACAAAAUUCUAAUCUGGCAACCCGCCCUCCUCGGCUGUCUGACCGGCGAUGACGACCAAAUGAGACUCAUAUGGUAUCAGCUUUACGCCAAGUUGGUUGAUGACAGAGAAUCGAUUCGCCUUAGUGCAGCUAGCAUUCUACGUAUCAUGAUGGUCCAAAAGCCAGAUGAGGCGUCAACUCUUUUGGGGCAAUUUAUGACUCCGGAGCAGCAAUCCCUCACUAAGGACUUCGAAAAGCUGACCGAGGUGGACAACGAGGCCUUCGUCGCCUGGGUAGAUCAGCACCGUCCUUCGCUUGACUCUCUUUUCUUCGGAGGGAUGUCGAAGAGCUGGGAGGACUGGGUCUCCGUCGAAAAUCAAAAGAGCACGGACUCAGUUAAGGCCCGUCUAGCGAAACGCAAGGAGAGGCUCAAGGCGUGGCACGAUGAAGGUCUGCGCAACGAAAGCACCAUCCUCCGCCAUGAAAUGGGCAACGGAUCGUGGAUGAAGAGCAUCUUCAAUACGGAGCACAUCAAGCAUCAGCGUCUCAUGCAAGACCAACAGGAUGACAUGGCAUACACUGCCUCAGCCUAUACCAAGAUGGAACGGGACCUGACAAGACCUGGCGGCGUCUUUAGCGAGAGCACUUCGGCAAACUCUAAAUGGAGGCUAGAUCCUACGGAAGGCCGAAAUCGAAUGCGGCUUAGAUUGCUCCCAGACUUUUCUGGGAAGUGUGAGGAAUAUCAACCAAAGAGGAGGGCAACUGAUCAGCUGCCCAGCUCCGCAUUACGGCGCAACUCUGUCGCGAAUUCACAAUCUUUGCCACACCGAGCUAAGAGUACGAAACAUCCGACACCUUCAGUACCGUCCCUAGUAACUGCUAUGGCGCAGGGCGAGCCUGGGACAGACCAGGUACCCACAGGAGCCGAUGCCAUGAACGACGAAUCUGAGACAGGAGUGGCCCCCGAAGACGACUUCGAGCUUGUGGAGGACCCCAAUGACCCUGAGGGCGACGAUGGGUUUGAAGACCGAAAUCGCAAAGUCAUGCGGAGACUACAGCAAGGAGACAAGGUGCAAGCAGUUUACAAUAUUUCACGGAUUAUUGGACUUGAAGCCUGCGAUGGUAUCCUGAUUCUUGGCAAAGACGCUCUCUAUAUCAUGGACAACGUCUUUCAAUGUACCACAGGCGAAAUCGUCAACGCAUGGCAAGCCCCACCCGAUGAACGGGACCCAUUCUCGCAGAUCAUCAUGGGCAACAAGGCUUCGGAUACCAAGCCAGCUAAUUUCCGUGCGGAACAGGAAUCGCGCAGCUGGCGGUGGCAAGAUGUCAUCAGCGUAUCCAAGCGCCGGUUUCUAUUCCGAGAUGUCGCCAUCGAGUUGUUCUUCACUGACGGUCGGAGUUAUUUGCUGACGACAAUCAAUCCAAGCACACGAGACGACCUCUUUGCAAGGCUGUUCAACAAGGCACCUCACAUGGGCAAGCCUAAUAUUCUUCCUAACCCCGAAGAUGCCUGGAGGUUAGACUCUCUCAAAGCCGUCGACGAGUCGCCGCAGGGUUUCGGAUCCAAGUUCGGAAAUCUCUUCAAUAGUUCACCUCUGAAUCCCGUGAUGAAGAAGUGGCAGCGUGGUGAAAUCUCGAAUUUCCACUAUCUUAUGAUGGUCAAUACGAUGGCAGGCCGAACAUUCAACGACCUGACUCAGUACCCCGUUUUCCCCUGGGUGCUCGCGGAUUACACCAGUGAUGAGAUAGACCUGACGGACCCUCUGACUUUCAGAGAUCUUUCUAGACCUAUGGGAGCCCAGACCGGGAGCCGCAUCCCAGGAUUCCACGAGAACUACAGGACGCUGCUCGAGAUGGGCGAUACACCUUACCACUACGGAACCCACUAUAGCUCGGCCAUGAUUGUCGCGUCAUAUCUAAUUCGGCUACCACCAUUUGUCCAGUCGUAUAUACUCCUGCAGGGAGGCACAUUUGACCACGCGGACCGACUUUUCCACUCUAUUCCCGGAGCGUGGAAGUCUGCCUCUUCAAACAACAAGACGGACGUUCGAGAACUUACCCCCGAGUUUUUCUGCCUCCCAGAGUUCCUGAAGAACAUCAACACCUACAACUUUGGUGUCAAAGAGAGCACUGGUGAGAGGGUAGACGAUGUCGUUCUACCACCUUGGGCUAAGGGAGAUCCCAGGCUCUUCAUACAAAAGAACCGAGAGGCACUAGAAUGCCCAUAUGUCAGUCAGAACUUGCAUCACUGGAUCGAUCUGAUCUUCGGAUACAAGCAGCAAGGAGAUGCGGCCGUGGACAACAUGAAUGUGUUCCACCCAUUAUCUUACCGUGGCACCAAGGAUCUCGAUACCAUCGAGGAUCCUCAAGAGAGGGCGAUCGCGGUUGAGACGAUCCACAAUUUCGGGCAGACACCGCAUCAAGUGUUUACAAAGCCGCACCCGGCGCGAGAUAUUCCCAAGGGUGUCAGUAGAAGGCUCGAUGUUUCCGUGCCAGCGCUGAGUAGAUCGGCCUAUCCCCUAUUUGAGUGCCACGAAAGAGUGUCGUCCCUCCUGUACGCCCCGAAGCUGGAUCGCCUCUUAUGCACAGCGCCUUUCAGGCUCAAUUUCGCGCCUCACGACAAGUACUUUGAGUGGGGUUACGCAGACGGCAGCGUCAGGUUCUUCUUUACGGAGAACCGCAAGCCGGCAGGCCUCUUUGAGAAUAUCCACAACGGGCAGAUAUCCUGCGCCAUGUUUGCCGAUUCGAGGACGCUAAUUCUUGCAGGCGAAGACUGCGUGAUCUCGGUCUUCACAGUCACGACAUCCCCUGGCAAGCCUGUGGAACUGGUGGCAAGAUCACCACUGCACGGACACAAGACGCCCAUCACGACAUUGGCGGCGUCCAAGUCCUUCAGCGUGCUCGUGUCGGUGUCCGAAGGGCAGACUUUCGUCUGGGACCUCAACCGUCUCACACUCAUGCGAAAGCUAUCCUUUUACCGCGCCGUCGAAUGCGCCAAGAUCAACGACGUGUCGGGCGAAGUCAUGCUCUGCUCGGGUCCCAACGUCGUGUUGUACACGCUCAACGGGUCGCUGAUACUAGACCAGAAGGUGUGCACGGAACCCGACGACUACGUGCACUCGUGCGCCUUUUACGAGGGUGCCGGCAGCGAGUGGCUCGAGGAUUAUCUCGUGUUUACUGGGCACAAGCGCGGACGGGUCAAUGUGUGGAGGAAGACGAAUAAGAACGGGAAGUGGGUGCUGGAGCUGAUGAGGAGGUUGGAGCAUGGGGAUGGGGCGAUGGCUGCAGGCGGGUCGGCGGGUAAUGGGGGUCUGCUUGUUAAGGCGCCUGAGGGUAAGGAGGACGCGGCGAUUACGUGCAUUGCGCCGAUGCCGACUUGUCUUUACACGGGGGAUGAAGAUGGCAAAGUGUACGAGUGGAAUUCCACACAGCACCGAGACAGAUAG